AUGUCCAUCUACGGCAUUGCUCGCCAGCACUGCAGAGAAGAAAUCCUCACUAACCCCUUUCGAUGGACCAGCCGUCAUCUCAAGCUCCUACGAUGCUCGUUCGAAAGACCGCUGCCUGAGCCAUUGACACCAGCUACGUAUGCAGUGACAGAAGCAGACUACACCGAGGAGCGUAGUGGCACGCCCUAUCUACAAGAGUUCUUCCACUACUACUACAAGAUCCAAUUUCGAGAGCAGGGUAUCAGGCUGCUUUUAACGACUGAUGGAUGUCCCUUGAUUGCUUAUGACGCUCUUGGCCUGUAUUUCAAUGGCGGCGUCAUCAAAAGACUGGAAUGUGUCAGCCUGUGUCUUCGCAGCUCCAUGCAUAGAACACUUCGGUACAGACGGCCACUGGCAGCCUUUAUUGACCGCGGCCACAUUGAGUUAAGACGAAGGCAGUCGAUUAGCUACCGACAAAUGCGCUACAAUCAACCCAUCGUCCGCUUGUUCAACAACAGGUGGGCCAAAAUCUGCCCACCUGAGCCAGUGUACGAUCCAUAUAUCGUCACGCUCCUCAUUGGUGUGGCACAGCAGAAACGGAGGCAUUUCCAAGAAAUCAACUGCAAUGAAGAAGCUUCAAAGGGCAUCAUCUUCUCUCAGGUCUUAUCCACAUUCUACUCAAAGGGACAAUGUGAAGUUGUAGGAGAGGAGGCCUUCAAUGGCUGGAUGUAUCUCUACCAGGCCAAUAUCCCCCUAUCGCUUUUGGACAUGUUCGACAAUCCCAAGUAUGCGCCAUCAACGCAGCCAUCCGUCUCGGUCCAGGUCAUCACGAUACGCUACAGCCCACUAGCUACUUUGCGUGCUCGGCUGCUAGAACUUAUGGUUCCAGAAAAGUUGGUCUCAGAAACUUACGGCCUUUCGGCAAGAGGACAGAAGCGAAAAUACGACGGUCAAGGGUAUACUCAACCGGCUCCACGAGAAACCCUUGCAGGAGAAAAUGCAUGCUCAAGCAGCUGUGUGCACAUUUUGAAGCAGCCUUGA